GGCAAAUUGUAGUAAAUACGUGUCACAAAAACUGUAAAAUAUACUUGGAUAUUUUAGUCGAAUGUAUCCAGUGACGGAUAAUACAUGUAAAAUGGCUUGGUGUGCGCUUCUGACUUUUUUGUUGUUUAAUGUUUCAUAUUUCGUUCAAUCGGAUAUUGCAGAAUACGCAAAUGAGUUACACUGCUGUUAUUCGAGAUAUAUGCUAAACUAUUUUCAGUUAAACGGAAUUGUCUUCAAAAAUACAUUUAAAGUAAGUAUUGACGCUAAGGAUGAUUCUUCCCAGAGGGUUGAAGCACCUUUGGACGCCAUAAACUUUUAUGAUAAACGUCUUCGGUCCCAAGGAAUUAUUGUUUUGGUCAUGCUCGACGAACUCAGAAACACAACACCGCAUUCCAAACCCCCGAACGAUCUAAUGCAAGUAAAUUUGUACUUAAACAAUUACACUGGGACUACACGCGCCAAGCUGGGUUCUACGGCGAUAACACCUAAUUACAUACACGGAUACAGAUAUUUUCACUCGAUAAUGACAGAUGCGCUUGCAACGUUCCUAAGAGACGGUAAAUGCGAUAAAUACAAAAGUAUGAUUCGGGACAACGACCAAAUGCUGAAAUUGGAAGAAAUCAACCAGUUGUCGGCAGACAUGGGGCGGUUAAACACGGACGAUUUACAACAGGUGUUGUCGAAGCUAGAGGAAAACAAAAGUAGUUUGGAAAAUAUUUUCAUGUCGACCUUCGAAAAAGGCACUUACAAGGACUUUGAGCACCGCAACUUGCUUUUUGCGCCGUUACUGGCGUAUGAUUACAAUUCUUGGCAUACCUCGUCUAGUGGCGGAGCGUCAGGGGACUUGCUCACUGGUGAUUAUAACAUGUUGGUCAAAUCGUUAAUAGUGGGUGAUGUAGUAACUAGUUAUAAAUUAAUCGAAGGAGGUUAUGCAAGUAUACACGAUGUAAUGUAUAACGUCCGAGCAAUGUUCAACCAAGACUAUGUUAUUUCAUUCCAGCAACAUGUAAUGGCCGCUGUGGUACACCCUGUGUUUGUAUGCUUCGGUACAUAUUUCAGGGUUUUAAAGAAAUUGAACUCGGGCAACAAUACUAAUGUAAAUGUGUUGGAGAACGAAGGCAUGAAAUUGACCGACACCUUAAAGUCGUUGAUCGGGUUGAACAUUUUUCCCAAAAGCGUACAGGAAUAUCUAAAAAGCGUUGAAGACAAAACCACUGAAAUGAUAAAAUAUUCAUAUACACCUGGUUCUCUGUCGAAGAAAGGUGUUAUGGGUUUUAUUUCUGAAAAGAUGAAGUCGAUACAAUUAAAUAGUUCUAGUUCUACAUCUUUUAGCAAACGUAUAGAUUUGCUUUUUAACAUGUGUUCUCAGCCAAUGGAAUUAAAUAAUUUACAAUUUUCGAUUGACAUAGAAGGAUCAAGUAGUAGUAAUAAUGCGGAUGCAGAUGAACUUGUCGGCAACCUUAAAAAGAAAACUAUGGAUGUCGGUCAUUAUGUUGUAAGUUUGGAAAAACAUAAAAAAUUAUUCCUCACGGUACUCAACAUGUACGACCAUGAAUAUAUGUUUAGCCGUCCACCUUUUGAUUUACUAAAAAGGAAUGAAUUAGGUUAUUUUGCUGUUCGUCUCACUAAACGUCCAACUAAACCACUAAUAACCAUUUAGGUCUUGAGUCAAAAUGAAUGUCUUCUAAAAUGUAAUUUUAUUAUAUUCAACUUUUCAAAUUAUUCAAUAUUAUAAUUUAAAAAAAAGUUAUUACUCAAAAAAAAUGUGUGCACAUAUUUUAGUAAAAAAUAUUUCUAACAUUUUUCUUAAUAAAAGUUUGUUUGAAUAUUUUUUACGUUUUUGGCAGAUGUAUCGCCCCAGAUGUACCCCCCCCCCUCCCCCUCCCCUGGGAGCAAGAUUAAAAGUUUUUUAAUCUUUUAGCGCAAUUUUAGGAUUUAAGAGCUGAAAAUUAGUCUAAAGAUAGAUUCAACAUAGAGCAUAUAACAUGUGUAAAAAUAAAACAUAGAUACCUAAAUCUUAUCAGUGUGGUGUAAUCUUAAAUAAGGGCGUCUACUUUUUUGUCUUUUCUGUAUAGAUAUUACUAUUGAGAAUGAGAUGGCACAAGUCUUGUAUAUAACUGACAUUUUGUAAUUCGAUUAUAUAAAUA